AUGCUUCCAGUUACAUACGCUUCUGAAUGGCGAACCGUCUCCAUUGUGCAAGUUGCAUUUUUUGCAGUCAUUCUUAUUACAUUUCUUACCGGCAUGUUUUUAAGAAUAUUCAGGGUCGAUGCCACUCUUAGAAAGAAUUUGUUCAUUGUUACAUUUUUUUUCACCAUGUUUUCCUCGUUCAAGAUAGGUGGAGGAAUUUGUGCUAUUAUUCAAGUGGACCAGGACAAGCCUUCGACUGGACUUAUGAUUGCAACUUAUAUUUUAGACACGGCCAGUUUGGGAUUUUUGCUCAAGUCCAUUGUCAAUUACUUGGACUACAUGAUGUUUCCCCGUCCUUCAUCCUCGUCCAAUGGCGGAAUUUUGGGAAUUUUUAACAAAGGUGGAAAUUCGGAUUUCCAAGAGGUCCGCAUUGGUCUCUCCAACAGAAAGGAUAGCGAAAGCUCCACCGAAGACAUGAGACCCACGGACCCAAAGAAGGAUCUCAGCAAGUUUCACCCGUUCAGAGUCACCACAGUUGUAAUUAUGGUAGCAAUUAUUUUGUCCAUAGUUGGUGCCUGUGAGAUGUCCGACGGGUCCAGUGGAGGUUCAACAGGAACCUACUUCAAGGUGUCUUCCUUGCUUUUCUUGGCAGCCUUGAUUCUUGUGUUUGGUCUUCUUGUCUAUAUCUACUUCCAGCAACCCACCUUCAGAAGUGGUAUUAGAAUUAUUAUGUUCAGCUUGGUGUUCUACUUGGUGAGAAUCAUAUACUCAAUUGUGCUGUCGUUUACUGGUAUUAACAUCUCCAGCACAAGUUUCAACAAGUUUACGUUGAUUUUUGGGGAUUACAAGUACUAUACCUUCAUGGGCUUCUUGAUGGAACUGUUAAUUGCCAUUAUGCUUUUCAUCAUUUCGCAGUGGUUCUUGACAAGGAACCCUACUCAUUUUUAG